ACCGUCAGAUACACAACACACCCUGUGUUGCCUGUCUUCUCGUUGGUAAGAAGAAACGUGUUUUGUGCAGAAUUUUCAGUUCUUCAUUUUCGAUUUCGGUUUAGAAUUUUGUUUGUAAACACGCGUGUGUUAAAAAAAUAUAUAUCUAAAUAUUGUUGAAAAAUUAACAUUAACUUUCGUGUUCUGCUCAGCACAACACAAACAUACAAACAACAUAAAACGGCAGGGAAAAACAACAACAGCAACAACAGUAAGAAAAACAAAAACGACAAAAACAACAUAGCAAUCAGCCAUUAGCCAACAGAGCCUGAACCGUAGCCAUAGCCAGCCAGCCAACGAACGACAGAGCCAAAAAAUAAAGUGAAAUAAAUAGAAGAGGGGAUGUGAGCUGCAAACGGAACAGGAUCGAUCGGAUGUAUUGAAAAGAGAAGUGCGCAAAGCGUGCGGAAAACAAUUCAAAUUUGGAAAAAUCUUUUGAAACGCAGAAAAGGAAAAAAACCUUGAGGUUUUUAUUGUCCAAAGCGACGAAUUAAAGUGUUAAUAUUAGCAACAAACGGGACAGUGGCCGAAUGUGAAUAGUGUGCAAAAACGUGCAAGUAAAAAAUUUAUAUAUUUUUUGUUAAAAGAAAGAGAUAUUAGUAUUUUAGUAGAGACAGAGUAAAUUGUGUAGAAUAAAAAUAUAAGAAUCAUAACAGAAAAACAAACGCACCGUAACAUAACCAAGCGCAAUUGUGGCGUAGCGCUAACACAUUUUUUUUCGUUAGGAAAAAAGUGUAGAAAAAGCAGAAUUAAGAAAAAAGGCGCCGCAUACAAAUGGAAUUCUUCCCCCACCAACAACAACCACAUACAGCUCAGCAAGUGGAUGACGGUUCUAUAUCCGGCCCGGCAACCAAUAUAAAUACUAUCAGUAGUAACAACAAUAACAACAACAACAACAACAUAAACAACGUACGUAGCACAAACAAUACCCCGCCCACCUCAAACACAAUAAAUAGUGCAGCAACAACGGACACCGUCGACGCUGCCACUGUAGCCAUCGCCAAGGAUAUGCUCCAGUUGCAUCAUGGCAGUGGCGCGAUACUAACAAAUAAUAAUAAUAACAACAACAAUAACACGAGUAACAGCAGUAAUAAUAAUAAUAGUAGCGCAGCCUUAGAGGCCAUGAAUACAUCAACAUCAUCUAACGCCGCCAACACCAAUUCGGUCGUAGUUGCAGCUGGUAGUGGCAACAGUACAACCAAUAGUGGUGUCGUGCCUAAUGCAGGCGCCAAUCUGAAUACCAAUCACCCACCUGCCCAUGCCUCAACCGCCGUUAAUUCGGGCGGCGGUGCAUCAAACGUUUUAACGGCACCUGACAAUGCGCUCGGCUUUCUAAAAUACGACCAGGAAUUGUUAUACAUCACCGAGCCAUGUACGAUUAUUGGACGAAACUCAUCAACAUCGCAUGUGCACUUUCAUGUGGCCGAGAACAAUUUGGUGUCGAGAAAGCAUUUUCAGGUUCUUUACGAUGGAGAUGCACGUGAUUUUUUCGUGCAGUGUCUAAGUAAAAAUGGUAUUUUCGUCGAUGAUUUUUUGCAGCGACGAAAUGCCGAUCCGCUUCGAUUACCUAACAGCUGUUACUUUCGCUUUCCCAGCACCGAGAUUCGCAUACAAUUCGAGAGUUUCGUACAUGGUGGCGCUUUAAAUGCUUCCGGCGCGCUAAAUAACUCGAACAACAGUGGCAUAUCGUAUCAUAACAAUAGUCACCACAAUGUGGCUGCCCUGCAGAAUAAUAGUGGAAUAGGUGGUGGUGGCAGCGGCGGCGGCGGCGGCGGUGGUGGUGGCGGUGGUUGUGCUCAAUUCAUUAUUUCGCCUGCGCCACCCGAUGAACAUCAUCAUCCGCAUGCGUCUGCGACUGGACCAUCAACGCAUGCGUCAACACAUGUAUCUCAUCACCAUCAACCGCAUGUGUCCGCUGGUGGAGUGACAUCGUCAACUCAUCUGCUGCCGAAUAUGGAUAAUUCAAAUGUGUAUUCACCACUAAAGAUAUCCAUACCGAAGAAGGAGCAGAAGAGUCCAUAUCUAUCACCAACUGGUACAAUAAGUGCUGCAAAUAGUUGUCCAGCCAGCCCGCGACAAGGUUUCCAUCAAAACCAAGCUAAUUAUAACAACUACAGCAACAACAAUUUACAAAACCAAGACCUAUUCCAAACACCAUCAACAGCUAGCUAUAAUCACAAUGAGAAACCACCAUAUAGCUAUGCACAGUUGAUUGUACAAGCUAUAUCCGCCGCACCGGAUAAACAAUUGACACUUUCUGGCAUUUAUUCAUUUAUAGUCAAGCAUUAUCCGUACUAUCGUAAAGAAACAAACAAGGGUUGGCAGAACUCCAUACGCCAUAAUCUUAGUUUGAAUAGGUAUUUCAUUAAAGUUGCACGUUCGCAAGAUGAGCCGGGCAAGGGUAGUUUCUGGCGCAUUGAUCCUGAUAGUGGCGCCAAAUUGAUUGAUCAUAGCUAUAAGAAACGGCGUCAACGUAGCAGCCAAGGUUUUCGCCCAACAUAUGGCAUGCCACGUUCGGCACCAGUCUCACCGAGUCAUAUGGACAAUUCGCGUGAGAGUUCACCACUGCAGGAUUUCGUUUUGCAAUCGGCCCCUGGCUCGCCGGGCAUGUCUAUUGAGCAACGCGCAACCGAUGGUGAUAUUAUGUACAACAACACAACUCAGAAUAUGCACCAAUCGACGGCUAACAAUUCCCACAAUCAAUACAACAGUAGCGGAAGCCCAUACUAUGUUUCAAAUCAAAAUUCAAAUAUUGCCGGUGUACAGCAGCAGCAACAACAACAACAACAUUUACACAACGAGGGUGGCGUGACCAUUGGUAGUGGCAGCGGCAACGGUGUUGGUGCCUUGAUUGCGCUCAAACGUAAUCAUGCUAUGGCAGCUGGCGCACAACAACAGCAACAGCAGCAGCAGCAACAACAACAACAUCAACAUCAAGUACAAGCGUUGCAUCCGGACAUAAUAUACGAGGAGAUGCCAACUGAUUACAGUGGCAAUAUGGAAUCUGGCGAUGAAGGUUGCAGUAUUGGUGGUGGUGGUGGUAAUGGCGCCGGCGGUGACGCCAGCAAACGUCCCAAAUAUAUAUCUGAAGUACUCUGAUAUGUUGCUGUUUCCGUUACAGUUUCUUCUAAUGUUUGCAAGUAAUUGAGAGAAUUCUACAAAGAACAAAAAUAAUGCAAAUUAUGCAAUAUUUAACUAAUGACAAAUAUUUGCCACAGCAAAAUACCACAUACACCACAUAGUUACAACAUAUUAAAAAACAAAAAAACCAAACUAGCGCUCACAAAAGUUUAAAUUUACUACAUGUAAAUGGAAAAUGUCAAAAAUGUCAAAAUGCAAAAACCAAUUCGGAAAUAUGUAAUAUUUUAUAACAGACAAAUCAGCAAUGUGUAAAAUACUUCAACUCCUUUUUUAAUUAUUCCUUCAGUAUAUACGAAGACCAUAAGCAAAGGCGAAUUGUCUAUGAAACCUUGUAUCAAGCUUUUAAUAGUAAAUAACUGUUUACAAAAUGGUAAACAGUGCUUUUGUUGAUUUACAUGAAUUUUAAAUUUCGCACCAAAUUGACUGCAAGUAUUAGAUAAGUACUAUUUAUACAAAAUAUAUUUCUGAAUUGGCCUGAAGCAACAACAUUAGUGAACAAAACAACAGUGCGACGGAGAAAGUAGUAGAUGAAACCAUAUAUAGAACACACAUGCACACAAAACAAAAUUGAGAAAUAUUAAAAUUAAAAUUACUUACAACAAAAUAUGUCGUUGAAGAGAAAGAAGUUGUGUGCAAAACAGCAACACAAGAAAGAAAGCUACAAAAAAAAGUAAGAAACACCGGAAACCAACCAACCAACCAGCAAAGAAACAACUUUAUUACUAUUAAACCAUCGGUAUAUUGAAUUUGACAAGCAAAGUAUGUGAACAAAAAUAAUUGUUUUUUUUAUUGUUUUUAAUCUUUCUGAAAUAUGAAUAUAUAUACAAACUCCCUCUAUUGCUUUAA